AUGCAAGCUAAAAUUUGUGGCGUUCAACAAUGUUUUCAGCAAUAUAGGCUAUGUUAUGGCGGGGAUUUUGGCGACGAUUCUUGUUCUCAGGUACAUUUUAUCAUUCAUAAUAUAUCUUGGUUACUUCCGAUCAUAUUCGUUAAUAUGCCUAAUUGUUAUUAUUAAUUAUAACUGGUUAGGGAACUUUCCGCGGGGACUAUAUGCCUUAAUUCUGCAUAACCAUUCUUGA